GUUGACAAAAUGGCUUCUACAAUAUUCAGAAAUAACUUGAGAAUACAGAAGAGUUUUCAGUUUAACAAAUUAUUCACAUCAUCAUCAGCAAAAGGUCAAAGUUUGGUGACAAGAAAUAGAAUACCGGUAGUUGAAAAACCUGUAAGAAAAAAUACUAAUUCUGUCUUUAAUAAAGGAUCUGUGACCUCUCAUCAAACCUAUUUCUACUCUCAGCAUAAAAGCCAAGUAAAAAAUACUGGUAUAUCUGAGAGUAAAAUUAUCAAAGAUGGUAAACUGGUGGAGAUUUUCUGGAAUGAUGGAAAGAAAUCUAAUUUCCAUAGUAUAUGGUUAAGAUAUAAUUGUCAAUGUUCAAACUGUACACAACCAGGCAGUGGGCAGAAAAAAAUAGAUAAUACUCAGAUAGCUCAUGAUAUUCUUCUAGAAUCUGUUGAUAUUCAAGAUGAUAUGGUAUAUUUGAAAUGGAAGGGUGAGAUAGAGCACCAGGGACAAGUUAGUUUGGACUACCUGAAUGAGAAUAGUUAUUCAGAAGCAGAUAUCAUCAGAAGGCAUUCUGCAGUCAGAAUGACUAAAUUAGCUAAGGAAAUUCCAGUAGUAAACUAUACAGAUGUUAUAAACAGUAAAGAAGCUGUAUAUAACUGGCUAUAUCAGAUUAAUGAAUAUGGUCUAUGUUUAAUGAAAGAUGUCCCUACCGAAGAAAAGGCUUUUAUAUCUCUUGCCAAUAAAAUUGGACCAAUACAAGAAACUAACUAUGGAAAGACAUUUUCUGUCAAGUCGGAACCAAACCCGGUAAAUAUUGCCUAUAGUACAGAAGAAUUAACUCUACAUAUGGAUUUAGUUUAUUUAGAAUCACCACCUGGUUUACAAUUGUUACAUUGUUUAAGAUUUGAUGAUGAAGUAAAAGGCGGUAAAAGUACUUAUCUAGAUGUUUUCCAUGUUGUUGAACAGUUUAAAGUGUCACAUCCAGAAUCUUUCCAGAUUUUAACGCAGAUUCCAGCAACAUUUCAGAAAUGUCAUUAUGAAAGAGAAAAUCCAUUCCAUUUAGUUUAUCAGAAGCCCCAUAUUACUCUAAACGAUUAUAAAGAGGUGAUAGGUGUUCAUUGGGCACCUCCUUUUGAGGGUCCGUUACUUGUGGAAGAGAAAAAUGUGGAAAAAUAUUACAAAGCCUAUAAAGAUUUAGCUCAAGCUAUCCAUAAUUCUGAUAAUUUGUUAACAUAUUUGAUGAAACCCGGUGAUUUGAUGACAUUUAAUAAUCAUAGAAUGUUACAUGGCAGAGGUGAAAUUCAUUUAAAUGGUGGAAUUCGUCAUUUUAAGGGUUGUUACGUUUGUAUUGAUGAGUUUAAAUGUAAAGUACAGGUUUUGUCCAAUCAAGUGGGUGAUGGCCAACCACCAAUUCAUGUUGGUAAUCAGAGCUGGCUAUAA